UGAUUGCCGUGUUUUCUUUGCUAGCAGCUUGGUUUCUUUUAAGAAAUCAUAUGUCUCUAUUAAAUCAGUCUGAUUCACUGUGAUAAAAUUUGUCAACGCCAAAAAGAAUUAAACAUGCAUUCAAGCAGUGGCUCAGGUAUACUUGUUUUGGAAGAGGAAAGGACAUUCAUUUCUUGCAUCUGGUACUACAUCUGAUGAUACCUUAUUGACCUGCUUAUCCUUCCAAAUUUUUACCGGCACUACUUUGCGAAACUUGGACGGCGGACGGAUGUGUGUUUGAGAUAUGCGAUUCAUUGAAGCUAAGACUGUUCAGUUGGCGGAAUAAGAUAGUGCGUUAGUGACUUAGUGUUUGGGAUUAGGCAGAAAGUGUAGCAGUAUGGGAUACGGAUAUUAAAGGUGAAGUAUUUUUGCCUUGCUCGAAGCAUGUGGAUGGUUGGUCAGCAGCACCGUUAGUAGGAGGUACGAAGCUGACAUAUUGCUCUGGAAAACUUGGUUUGGUACUUUUACUUCUUACAAGGCGGCGGCACCGAGGGUACUCUCUGACGGGGUCCGGACAGGCGUGAUGGCAGCUCACUGUGAUUCUAUGAGCGGAUACAUGCAGCAGUCAGACCCGGGCUCUAACAGUGAACGGAGCACCGAUUCGCCGUUGCCUGGCUCUGAAGAUGAAUCUAGCGGCCCUUCUGUUGCCACUAGUGAUCCUGAGUGGACUGAGGAUAGAUUCCGGGUGGAUAGAAAGAAGCUUGAAGCCAUGUUGCAAGCAGCUGCUGAGGGCAAGGGUAAAAGUGGUGAAGAUUUCUUCCAGAAGAUUAUGGAGGAGACGAAUACUCAAAUUGCUUGGCCAUCAAAACUGAAGAUUGGUGCAAAGUCCAAAAAAGAUCCUCAUAUUAAAGUUUCUGGGCAGAAGGAAAAUGUUAAGCAAGCCAAGGAAAAAAUAAUGGCUGUCCUAGACACAAAGAGCAGUCGAGUUACUCUUAAAAUGGAUGUGUCGCAUACAGAACAUUCUCAUGUAAUUGGCAAAGGGGGAAACAACAUCAAAAAGGUUAUGGAAGAAACAGGGUGUCAUAUCCAUUUUCCUGAUUCCAACAGAAAUAAUCAAGUUGAGAAAAGCAACCAGGUAUCUAUUGCAGGACAGCCAGCUGGAGUGGAGUCUGCCAGAGCAAGAAUUAGAGAACUGCUUCCUUUAGUUCUGAUGUUUGAACUUCCAAUAGCUGGCAUUCUUCAGCCAAUCCCAGAUCCUAAUUCACCUACUAUUCAGCACAUUUCCCAGACCUAUAACAUUUCUGUAUCUUUCAAACAACGGUCCCGUCUGUAUGGUUCUACUGUUAUUGUGAGGGGGUCACAAAACAACACCGGUGCAGUUAAGGAAGGGACAGCUGUAUUACUAGAACAUCUGGCUGGUAGUCUAGCCUCCGCAAUACCUGUUAGUACACAACUGGACAUUGCUGCACAGCACCAUCUGUUCAUGAUGGGGCGGAAUGGAAGUAAUAUCAAGCACAUUAUGCAGAGGACAGGGGCACAGAUCCAUUUCCCUGAUCCUAGUAACCCACAAAAAAAGUCCACUGUCUACCUCCAGGGUACUAUCGAUGCAGUUUGUCUGGCCAGACAGUAUCUCAUGGGUUGCCUGCCCCUUGUGUUGAUGUUUGACAUGAAGGAGGAUAUUGAGGUUGAGCCACAGUACAUUACUCAGCUCAUGGAACAACUGGAUGUAUUUAUUAGCAUAAAACCAAAGCCCAAACAACCAAGUAAGUCUGUGAUUGUAAAAAGUGUAGAAAGGAAUGCCUUAAACAUGUAUGAAACACGAAAGUGCCUCUUGGGACUAGAAAGCAGUGGUGUGACCGUAAGUUCCAUAUCUGCAGUAAAUUGCCCCGUGAGGCUGCAGCAUCCCGGGUUGGAUAUACUCUCAUCAGGACUUGGACUCACGGGACUAGGUAUCUUGGGUCCUACAGCGUUGUCUGUAAAUACCUCCAAUGUGCCUAAUUCUCUCUUAAAUGCUCUGAAUAGUUCUAUUAGCCCAGUGCAGAGUCCAAGCUCAAACACACCAAGUCCAACAAUUUGGGCAGCAUCAAUUACCAAUACCUCCGCCACUCCAGAUUUCACCUCACUGCAAUCUCUGCUUGUCUGCCUAGCCUCAAGUCAUACAUUGUGUACAAGUGUGAAUAGUGGAGUCCCGUCAUAUCGUAGAACUACCCCAAGUCCUCCAGCAGGGCUACGGCUACUGGAUCUGUUAUUAGAAGGCACGCUUGUCUCAGAGAGCAAUUGCAUAGUUUACAUUACUGUUUAUUUUCAUUCUUCAAAUGUUUACACUGCACUAUCUGCUAAAUCAUUAGCUGAUAAAGUACUAGGCUCAAAUCAUUCAGAUUCUUCAAGGCAGUCCAGUAGCCACAGCGGAUCAGAUCAGCUAACUUCAAAAUCCAGUCAAGAAGACGCUUCUAAUGAUGCCUUUGUGGAAGUUGGUAUGCCAAGAAGUCCCUCUCAUUCGGCCAACAGCAAUGAACUGAAACAGAUGUUGGGUUCCUCCAAAUCGUGUGGCACUAAGCGACAAGCAGUAGAGCUCCUACAAGGCACCAAAAACUCUCAUUUGCACACGUCAGACAGGUUGUUGUCAGAUUCUGAACUUAGUUCCUCAGAGUCACCAGUAGCUGAUAAAAAGGCACCUGGAAGUGAACGAGCAGCAGAGAGAGCAGCAGCUCAGCAGAACCUCCUCGCUCCUCAGACAACUUAUUCAAAUAUGCAGGCAUAUGACUAUGAACAGAAGAAGCUACUGGCAACCAAAGCUAUGUUGAAGAAACCAGUGGUAACGGAAGUAAGAACUCCUACAAACACUUGGAGUGGUCUUGGGUUUUCCAAGUCCAUGCCUGCAGAAACUAUAAAAGAACUCAGAAGGGCUAACCAUGUGUCUUAUAAACCAACUAUGACCACUACGUAUGAGGGGGUGUCUUUAUCACGGUCAAAUAGCCGAGAGCUUGUGGGAAGUGGCAGUGACUCUGACAACUGGAGAGAACGUAAUGGAAUUGGUCCCUCUUCUCACAGUGAAUACGCAUCUGUUAUCAAUGCAAAACGAAAACAAAAUAAAUCAAAUGAACACUACUUAAGCAGCAGUAACUAUAUGGACUGUAUAUCUUCAGUGAUGGGCAGCAAUGGCUGUACUUUAAAUAGCUCAUUCAAAGGUUCUGAUCUUCCAGAACUUUUCAGCAAGCUGGGCCUAGGAAAAUAUACAGACGUGUUCCAGCAGCAAGAGAUUGAUCUGCAGACAUUCCUUACACUUACAGACCAAGAUCUGAAAGAGCUCGGAAUUACUACAUUUGGUGCUAGAAGGAAAAUGUUGCUUGCUAUAUCAGAGUUAAACAAAAAUCGAAGAAAACUGUUUGACCCCCCAAACAUUCGUUCAUCAUUCCUGGAAGGUGGAGCUAGUGGAAGAUUGCCACGUCAGUAUCAUUCAGACAUUGCAAGCAUUAGUGGACGGUGGUAGCAGAGGAUCAAAGCAUUUUGUUAACUGUUUGAGACUGAAAAACUGGUAUGACCUGCAGUGCAACAAAAUCCUGUGGACCGCUUUCACUGCACCCAGCCCUUAGCACUUUGGAAUUUGGGACAUCAAGGACCAAAGCUUUCAGACUGCACAUAACAUUUCUGCCAGAAUUUAAAAAAAAAUUUAAAUGGUGACCUAUCAUCAGUGUAUGUUGAAAACAAAACACUAAGAACUGUAGAUGUUAAACUGCAAUUUAAAUUGGAGAAAAUGGCCAGAACAAAAACUUGAUUUAUUUUGUAUUUUACUGAAAAUAAUGUAUGCACUGACGUUUCUUGACCUGACUGAAUGAAGGAAGAAGAGCUGGCGUGCCACAGAUUAUUGCCUUUAGAUUUUUAUCAGCAAGGACACUGCUUCUGUCUUACUGCUGAAGAAGUCUUUUAUGUCCUCCUGCACUUUACCCUUCCAUAUUUCAUGGCAUGUGGAAGUCCAGCCUUUCUUGAAUCUGUAUGAAAAUGCAUUUUACCAGCACUAAUCAACUUCAGUGGACAAUAUUUCUAGACCAAAUUUAUUUUCUAUAAAUGUAUAAUGUGUAAUUCUGCCAAUAUGUUGCAUAAUAUCAUUGGUAAGUUUGUUUUUAUGCAAAAGAUAUUCCUGAUAUAUUUUUACAAAUUUGGUUAGAACCAGCCUUAAUUGCAUGAAAACAGUGCCAGGAAAGCUUGUCAUCUUGUCAUGAAAGUAAUACAGACAGAAAACCAGAUAUCGUUAUUAUAGUGCCAUCAGUGAGCAUGAAAUAGAUAUUAGUGACACACUGUGUAAAGGUAAAGGCUGUGGUUUCACGUUGAAAUCCUUCACUGGUAUCACAUGUCAGUGGAGCAGAUUUUUGCAAAUAUAAGCAGAUAAAUCUGGCAAAUAGCCUCUGUCUAACAAUUAUUAGCCAGCAGUUUAUGAAGACAUUCCAUUAUGCAGACAAGAUAACUGUACUUAGACCUCUAAGAAUCAGUGUAUCACUUAUGUCUAUAUGACUCAACCUACUUUGGUUGUAAUGUAUAGAUUCAUAUUAGUUUGCUGGAAACUGAUUUAAAUAACACCCAUUUUCUUUGCUGCAGCUUUCCUCAAUUCGCUCUUAAAACUACCACCUUCAAAAAGUUUUUUUUAUAUAGGAAAUAACUUGCUAUGGCAUUUAGUCGGAGUUAAUGAAAUUUAAAUUGUUUUAAACUGUGAAAUUCCAAAAAUCUGGAAAUAUUUUGUCUGUAUAUACCAUAUCAUUGUGGAUUUAUGAAGGUUUUUCAUGUGUGUGAAGGAAAUCACCAAGUGCCUCUUUUUUAUGCAAUGGAAAAUAGGUUCCACAAGUUUGUGAUACAGGACACAUUCCCACAAGAAACAUUGUGAAGUAUUUGUACUGUAAUAUUUUAUUUAUGCAUUAUGAACGGUGUGUUAAACAUGUGCCACUAUAAAAUACUUAAAUAAUCAGAUUGAUAAGUAGAUUAAACUCACCAUUUGUAAGUAUUUAUUGGAGAACCAAAUACUAGCUGUGGUUAAAUACUUGUUUUUAAGGGAGUAGUCACAAGAAAAUUUGCACAGUGAAAGGAAGGGUGCUUGAAUCAUUUUAGUAAAAAGGGUGGGAGUUAAUCACUUUUAAGGAAAUGCACUGUUUGAUCCUGAAUAGUAACUUUUAAUUACCACUGUAGAAAGAAGAGAUUAAUCUCCUUUUAUAAAAAAAAUUAUUGUGGAUCUGUUUUAAAUUAGGUCUGUCAUUUUAAUUGCAUUCUUUUGUUUUAAUUAACUGCACAUUCACAAAAUAUAAAGCACCAGGGUUUUCAGUUUUGUCCAUAAGGUCCCUUUCUAUAAUCAAUAAAGUAGUUGCAGCCUUUUGUUAGGAAUAUUUUUAAGUGUAUACCAAAGCAAAGGGUCUGCAAGAGGGAAAUAUUCAAAAAAAAUACACACAGCACUGGAAAUUAUUGCUCACUCACUUCCUGUGUUCUCAAAGGGAAUAAGAUGAUACAUGAUUGUGUCAAACCAUUGCAUAUUAUGCAAAUAAUGUUUGGAUCAUUAAAGUCAACGUUCCUCUAAACCUGUGCCUUACAAAUGAUUUUUCUGUAAAUAGAGGGCAGGUAAGGAUGCAUUUUGUAUGAAAUUAAAUAUUUUAGUAAAAUUUUAAGUGAAACUGUUGAAUAAAAAAUUUGAAAUCUGGUUCAAGCAUAAUCAGCUUCUGUUUGAAAACCAAGGUAAGCCCCCUCCCUUUGCCAGUUACAUGCAGUAUAGUAUCGAUGUUCCCAUUUUGUUGCGAAACACACUGCACUUAUUUAUAAGCAGCUUGUUUUCCUUGCUUUGAGAAGAUAUUUAGAUUUCAGUUUAGAACUUUGUUAUAACUUUUUAUAAUGAAUGCAGUUUUGUUAAAUGGUACUUUGUUUCUACAAAAAAUGUAAUUUUACUCUUUCAAAGAAGCUCUUUGUGUUUUGUGACCAAAUAGUAUAAUGAAUCAGAAUCUUGUAAAGAAAAUAAAAAGGACUGAAACAUU